AAGGAGAAGUGGAAGGGAGAAAGGAGACUGACACAUGCGCAGUGAGUGGCCUUUCCCUGGCUUCCCGAACUCGUCCAACUAAUCCGCUGGGAGUAUAACACAGCUGGAGGGGCGGCUAGGUUCGGCGCAUGCGCCCGGCGAACAGCUGGCCGGCAACCCCGCGGGCGGUGGCUCGGGCUGAUCUGAAGCGCAGGGAUGCCGCGGGAGAUCAUCACCUUACAGCUGGGCCAGUGCGGCAACCAGAUUGGGUUCGAAUUCUGGAAACAGCUCUGCGCUGAGCAUGGCAUCAGCCCGGAGGGCAUCGUGGAGGAGUUUGCCACUGAGGGCACUGACCGAAAGGACGUCUUUUUCUAUCAGGCAGAUGAUGAACACUAUAUCCCAAGGGCUGUGCUGCUGGACCUGGAGCCCCGAGUCAUCCACUCCAUUCUCAACUCUCCUUAUGCCAAACUCUACAAUCCUGAAAAUAUCUACCUGUCUGAACAUGGUGGAGGGGCUGGUAACAACUGGGCCAGUGGCUUCUCUCAGGGGGAGAAGAUUCAUGAGGACAUCUUUGAUAUCAUAGACCGGGAGGCAGACGGCAGUGAUAGCCUAGAGGGUUUUGUUCUGUGUCACUCUAUAGCUGGUGGAACUGGCUCUGGCUUAGGCUCCUAUCUCCUAGAACGGCUCAAUGACAGAUACCCCAAGAAGCUGGUACAGACAUACUCUGUAUUUCCCAACCAGGAUGAGAUGAGUGAUGUGGUCGUGCAGCCCUAUAACUCACUGCUAACCCUCAAGAGACUGACACAGAAUGCAGAUUGUGUGGUGGUUCUGGAUAACACAGCCCUGAAUCGAAUUGCUACAGACAGACUGCACAUCCAAAACCCAUCCUUCUCCCAGAUCAACCAGCUGGUGUCUACCAUCAUGUCGGCCAGCACCACCACCCUGCGCUACCCUGGCUACAUGAACAAUGAUCUCAUCGGCCUCAUCGCCUCCCUUAUCCCCACACCCAGGCUCCACUUCCUCAUGACUGGAUACACCCCCCUCACCACUGACCAAUCUGUGGCCAGCGUGAGGAAGACAACGGUGUUGGACGUGAUGCGUCGGCUGCUGCAGCCCAAGAAUGUGAUGGUGUCCACAGGUCGGGACCGCCAGACCAACCACUGCUACAUUGCCAUCCUCAACAUUAUCCAGGGAGAGGUGGACCCCACCCAGGUCCACAAAAGCCUGCAAAGGAUCCGGGAACGGAAGUUAGCUAACUUUAUCCCAUGGGGCCCAGCAAGCAUCCAGGUGGCACUGUCUCGGAAGUCUCCAUAUCUGCCAUCUGCCCAUCGAGUCAGUGGACUCAUGAUGGCCAACCACACCAGCAUCUCCUCUCUGUUUGAGAGCACAUGCCAUCAAUAUGAUAAGCUGCGGAAGCGAGAGGCCUUCCUGGAGCAGUUCCGCAAGGAGGACAUCUUCAAGGAGAACUUCGAUGAGCUGGACACCUCGAGGGAGAUUGUGCAGCAACUCAUUGAUGAGUAUCACGCUGCCACUAGGCCUGACUACAUCUCCUGGGGUACUCAAGAGCAGUGACCCGCUGACUACUCCAAGGACAGCGGCUCCCACAUUUCAUAGACUUUAGCCUCUAUGGCAUUUGUGAUCUAGUGUCCCUUUGAUCCCUUCCAAAAUCCUGAAUUCCAGCAUGGAUACAUCAGCUUUUUCCAUUCACAUCUAUCCCCUUUAAGGAUGAACACAGGGAAAAUCUAACGGUACCAUUAUGUAGUCUUUUUCUGUGUUGACCAUCUCCAAUAAAACAUUAAAUGAGAA